AGCUGUGUGCCAGUCUCCCCAUCCCUCCGAAGCACAGGCUGAAAACUCGUUCUACGUUGAGAGACAACUAAAACUGUAAAAACAAAGUCUUGAAGUUCAUCCAAAAGGACAGAAGUCACGAAAAGUAUUCAACAUAUCCUAGGGGACUGUCAGACAGAUGCUGACAGAGGGAAGAUAAGUGUGGUGUGCUCUGCUGGCCUUUGGGUGCUCUAAGGUGAUAUCAGAGAAUGAGGGUUGCUGAUGUCUUCUGAGCUGAGGUGUUCCAGAAAAGUCACUAUACCAAGGUGAAUUCUAUAUGAGGAUGUCUAGAGUUCAUGUAAUCUGGAAACAUGGGAAUUUGUGCAGAGUCUCAGAAUAAAACAAAACAAUCAUCAACAUAUCUACGGAAAUAAACAGUUCUGCUACUCAUGAGGACUGCACAUACUCCCAAAAGGAAUAUGUUCAGGGGUGAAUAUUUCAUAGGCAAGAGACACAGGGAGGCCAGAUCGGGCUCCUGGCUCAGAAAGAUGGCCUUUUCCUCUUCCAUGUUGUGCAAACAACUAACUCUGUAGUAAGUAGGAACAACAAUGUACCCACACAAAUACCAUAGUUUGCUACUAUAACAUAUUUUAUUGAUACAAAAGCCAAAAACAUGAUAGUUUCAUAACGAAAUGAUAAUGGUUGACUGCUCAGUGCUGCUUCCUAGUGAUGAACAUUCCGUUUAAACAGUUAUUUAGGUGCGAAAUUUUAAAUAUCAUUUUGUUUUCAAAUAUUUUAGAUUGUUUUAGGGAUUAUGUUUUUAGCUUUCAUAUCAAUAAAAUAUUCAGUAGUAAUAAACUAUGGUAUUUGUGUUGUGCCAUGUUGUGCAAUCCCCUGCACAACAUGGCAGAGAAAGAGGGUGUCUCCCUGAGUCAGGAGUUAUCAGAAGCUUGGCAGUAUAUAAUGCAGCAUCUUUUUCUCUCCUUACAUUUUUCCUUGGUGCACCUUUACCACUUUUACUUGAUGAUGCAUCCACACAAUAUUUGGCAGAGUAUUCUACCAGCUUAUCUUUUGAUUUACUAAUGUCCAACAUAGUUUGCUUAGCCAUACCAUACUCCUCAUAAACACUUGCAACUAUAGCUCCUUUCUCUAAUUUUCUUAUUAAUUCCAGCUUUUAUGUCACAGCUAGGGCCAUUCAUUUAUGCCUAAACACCCUUGGGAGACAUAAUCAAGAGUUCUAAGAUACUGAAAAAUGCACAAACUUGCUCACUGAUAUCGGACAAUACACAAUGUUCAUUAGCAUCAGCCAGACUUGUUUACAACCGCCUGCCACAGCUCCGCCACCAUCUAUUGGCUGUUUCUGGAAAUGUGUAAGGUGAACCAUUUUGCAACCAUGGAAGAUUUCAAUACUAAGGAAUUGAAACAUCGUCAUGUAAAGAGGAAAGCUGUGAUGGAUGAGUCCACAGAAGAAUUACCAUCAAAAGUUCCCCAAAGAAAACCAAGAGUAUGUGACAACACAUUAAGAGAACUUCCUUGUCCUGGAAGAUUCAUGAAAAUUGAUGAGAUAUUUGAGUUUGUGAAAAAUUCCAAGAUUGUUCUUCCAUCUAUACCACUUGGUGAAAAAAACAAUGUAUUCUUUGUUACUGAAGACUCAAACAAUGCUCUGAGGAGAGAGCAAAAUUUGCCUGUUGCAUAUGAUGAUGGUUGUGUAGUAUUGAGUAAUAAAGGUAACAAUGGUACCAUUUUUGUUCAUUAUAAUCAGGGAAAAUUUAAAUAUUUGAGACUUAAAAAGAAUAUUUUCUAUGGUGCUACAUAUGAGCAGAAUAAGGCUUCUUGGAAGCCUCUAAAACCACAGCCAAAACCAGAAAGCUUAUUUAAAAUGAAUCGCUACUACUCAGUACUAAAAGGUAACAUCAAGAGGCGUGUCACUUCUGUGUCUGGAAAAUGUUUUGAAGAUAGAGCAAUAUUUGAAUAUGUUGGUGUCAGUUCUGGUAAUAACACCAGUGAAUUUACUUUCAAAUCAGUAGAAACCAAAUCCCAAAAUAAGCUUCAGGCAAAGAAAGAUAAUCCUUUGAUAUCUAAAGAGCUUACUGAGCAAGACAGUAGUGAUAGUAAAGAGGAUGUUGAACAAAAAACCCAAAGAAACAUUAAAGAAAUUCCUAACACAAAUAAACAGAUACAAAGAGGUGUGUUAUCCAAAGUCCAUGGUGAAGACCUUGUAAUGUUAGCUAUGCUGGAUGAAAACCCAUUUGUGCAGGUAGUUAUCAGUAGAAAAGAUAAAUCUCCAUGUGUAAUCUUAUACAAUGACAAACAGUUUAGUGAGAUGAAAAGGAACCUACAGUUUGGGAGUGUUUUAGGAAUAGAUUGCACUUACAAGUUUAAUGAUUGUUUUGUCACCAUGACUGUUUACCAAAACUCAAGAGCACUGCACAAGGAAACUGAUGAGCCACUUCUGUACCUUGGGCCUGUAUUUCUCCAUUCAGAUCAGGACUUUUUAACCUAUAUGACUUUCUUUUCUCAUAUCAUGGGCAAGUUAGAAGAUACUGAGCUGAAUUUUGAGGUGAAACUAGGGGAGGAUGUGGAGUUGUCCUUGUUUAGAGCAUUGAAGCAAUCUUUUCCAGCCUCAGUGCAAAUGAUAAAUACUCAUCAUCUGAAGGAUCUUGUAAGGAAGCAUCUGAAUACAAUUGACAGGUUAAAAUCACGUUCAUCAAUCAUAGAAAAGUUAUUUGGUCUCAAAGGUAUACUCAGUAGUCCCAAUUCAUCUGUGUUUCAAAAUAGGAUGAUGGAGUUCCAAAGCUAUAUUAGGGAAUAUCCUGCCCUUAGAACAUACUUUGCUAAGCUGCAGUUAUUCUUGUAUCCUUACAUUUGUGACCCACUGCAGAGGGGAAUCUCCCAGCAGUUGUGGCUAAAUGACAAUAAUGAGGUUCUGGAUAAAUUGCUGCAUGCAUUUCUCAAAGAUAAACCAAUCAAAAUGUCUGACACUGUAGAGAAGAUAUGUACAGUUAUCAGACUACAAAUGGUCAAAUUAGAGGAUGUAUGGUAGUCAUUCAGAAGCAGAAUAAUACUAGGAGAUUGUCAUAUGGAAGCAGAACAGUUCUUGGAGAUUAUGUAGAUUGUGUACUUUUAUGUUUACUUCAUGUUAAUAAAAAUAACUAUAAUGCAACUAUAUGUUGGUCAUAAUAUGCGUAUAGUUGUAACAUGGCAUGUAUUAGCAGGAAACAAAUUGUAUGAGAAUUAUUGCAUUUUAAAUUAAUAUAAAGUUAGAAGUAUAUUUUGUAAGAUAGUGUUCAUCAACUGCUACCAAAAAUGUACUACAAAAUAAUUUUUAACUUUGAAUAAAUUGAUUAAAACAUU